AUGGCUCUCCGGCGCAGCGCCGGAUCCCUCGCGCUCCGCGCCGCCGCCGCCUACCUCCGCCGACACCGUCCCCAUCCUCCUCCCCCACUGGCCCUCGCCGCCCCCGCCCCCACUCCCAUACGCCGCCCGCUCGCCCCGCACUGCCGGCACUUCGCCGCUCCGCCAGGUACUCAGGUCAAUAGGAAGCGAGGCAAGGAGGAGGACGAAGGCCACCGCAUGAACAACGCCAUCACCGCUCCCUUCGUCAGGCUUGUCACGGAUGAAAGCCACAACGUUGUCCCCCGGCAUGAAGCCCUCCAGCUUGCGAGCAGGAUGGACAUGGACUUGGUUGAGGUCGACAGAAAAUCAGACCCUCCUGUAUGCAAAAUCAUGGAUUUUCACAAAGAGAAGUAUAAGAAAGAAACCAAGGAGAAAGAACGCUUGAAAACCAAGUCUGCUAUCGUCUUGCGUGGAGGGGAGAACAAAGAAGUGCGAUUUAAAGGGAAAACUGAACUAAAAGAUUUGAUGGUGAAAGCAGAUGGGAUUACCAGAUUAAUGGAGCGAGGUUACAGGGUGAAGUGCAUGGCCAUGCCCUCAGGUAAUGAAGGAGAAGAUUUAGGAACACCACUAUCUCGGUUGUUAGGACUUAUACAAGAUGUGUGCAUUGUUGAAAGUGGGCCGCACUUGGACUCGAAGCAUGCAUAUGUUAUUGUCAGGCAUGUGAAGUUUGCAACAAAGAAAGGUGGGAAGAAAGCUAGCCAGGCCAUGGAAGAAUCAGGAAAAGGUACCCGCAGUGCUUUCUCCGAGUCACCUGUUGAUGGUAGCAAUAGCGAAGACAAGACAGUUGGAGAUGGUUUAGGAAAACCUGAUGAUCGUACCAUCUCAGAUCGUGUUCAGAAAACAGCCACCCAUCUCUCUGGAGACUUUGCUGCCCAAAAAGAGGGGCAGGAUAGAGAAUUUAAAAGGGGGUUCAAUAGGUCAAAACCCAACCCAGGGGCUGGGGGAAACAGAAUUAAUCCUGGCCAGUGGGGACCACAGGCAACUGAACGCGGACUUGGCUACAAGGAUGUACCUGGCAUGGAAAAGCGAGAGAGUAAUGUGCAAGAUCAGGGUCCUGUUGAAACCAACAGAUACGCUGCUCGGAGGCAGCCAAUAAGAGGAGACAACAACCGAGGUUUCAACCAAGGAAGACCCCCUCAAGAUGAUAGAAGGAAUGAAAACGGAGGCCGUUAUGACAACCAGAGACCUCUGGAACCGCAGCAUAACCGACCACUACCAAGGUUCAACCAAGGUGGAUUGCCACAAGAUCCAAGGAACGAAAGGAGAGGUCCUUUUCCACUGAAUAACAACCAAAGGCAACCAGCAGGUGGUGGUGAUCCUAAUCGAGCAAGCAAGAGUUUUGGGAUCUUCAGUAGUACUGAGAAAUCUGGAUCAUCUGAGCAGAGGAAGUCGGAUGGUACUAGUAAGCCUGGAAAUACUGACUCGCCUAAAAACUUUGGGAUUUUUAGUUCUAGGAAAUGA